AUGGAUCUGAAUCAGCAAAGAGACGAUCCACAUGGGGUACAAAGGCUAUUGGAGAUCUUACGUCGGCAACAAGACUCCUCUUCCUCCUCCACCGUGGCUUCUAACCCUUUAGCGGCUGUACCGCCUUUAAGCGCAGCCACAGCUUCAUCCUAUACCCCUGCCAACCCUUUCGCCUCCACCACCGAACCAUCUGCAGCGCAGGAUUCAGAAGUAGCAAAACGCCGCCGGCUCUACAACAAUCCCUCGUCCAAAUACUUCAUCGCUGCGCCGGGGGAAGACCGAUUGGAUCCCUACUCGUUCAACCCUUUCUCCCCCGCCGCACCGCUCCUUUCUCAACCACCACCAUCGCCUCCAAAACCAGCACCGAAAGCAGCACCCUCGACAAAGGACCUGUCGACACUCAGCUUCUCAGAAUCCCUACCUAUCCUAUCAACCCUCGCCAAGGACAAAAGCUUACUUGGUCGGCUCAAAACUCUCCGAACACAGCAGCACGACCUCGAGAAAAGGUUGGUGAAAGAGUACAAGCAAUUCUCAGCCACUGCGGACAAACAGUAUCCAAACCCCAAGGUGAGGGCGGCUGAGGAUGAGAAGAGGAAAAAACAAAUGCUGAAGCAAUGGGAUGAAUGCGUGAAGAAACAGCAGGAGGAAUUGGAGCGAGCUGGUGUGCCGACCUUUAGAAAAACGGGGGAGAAGAGGGAUGUGGAGAAGCAGAAGAAAGUUCUGCGUGUGCUGGUGGAGAUGUUGGAUGAUGACGAAGGUGGUUCAUAG